CUGUCUUUUGCCAAAUCGCGAGUCGGCCGAGUCGAGUCGAGUUUUGAGAGAAGAGAACUCGCCCCCCUCAACCAACACCAUUCAUCAUCUGUCCUUCGUAUCAAAAUAAAACCGGGUCUUCUCAAAAUUCCAUAAAACCCUGUGAUCAAACCACUUGUUUGUAUCAUGCUUUUCAUUUAAAUAGUUUAAUUAAAGGAGGAUCGUGUGUUUGCAAGCCGGUGUAAUAAUUUCAAGCGAAAUAAUGAAUGACAAUGGAUGCAUACACUUGAAUAACUUUAAGGCUGCCAAGGGGACAAAUCCAUAUAAAAUUGUGCAUGCAUUUUUUGUGUCUUGUACGUCUUUGGAAGCCAGGCGUUACAAGGCAACAUCAUGCCUUUGUUUUGCCUGUGGCAAGCCGGGGCCCCGGAUGCACUCGUGCCUUCACUGCAUUUACUUUGCAUGCUAUGCGGGUCACAUUCAAGAACAUUCAAAAUCCAAGAAGCACUUUCUAUACAUUGAUCUGAGCUACGGAAAUGUUUUCUGUACACAAUGUCAAGAUUACAUCUAUGACCGGGAGUUAACUGAGAUUGGGAUGAAUCAUCGACUUAAAGAAGCCAACCAAAUGACGUCCACUGCUCUGCAAAGGGUUUCCAUAACGACCGGUCCUGUGCUGCCUGCUUCCAGGUCUUUGGGCAUAAGUGUGCCAUUCAUGCCUUGGCUGCCCAACACCAGCGAGGCUCUAGCGCUGCGGCGACUUCGGAAGCGCCGCCUCAUCAGCCCACACACAACCAUAGGGCUCCGGGGGCUACAAAACUUGGGCUCCACCUGCUUCAUGAACUGCAUUGUGCAGACACUAAUUCACACUCCACUGCUCCGGGACUACUUCCUCGGCGAGAAACACAAGUGCAAGGCGCAGAGCAGCGUCAAAUGCCUCGUGUGCGAGGUCUCUAAGCUGUUUCAGGAGUUCUACUCCGGCGCCAAGACGCCGCUGACGUUGCACCGGCUGCUGCACCUGAUCUGGACGCACGCGCGCCACCUGGCGGGCUACGAGCAGCAGGACGCGCACGAGUUCUUCAUCGCCACGCUCGACGUGCUGCACCGGCAUUGCAUGAACGGCGUAGAAGACACCGAGCGGCGUGAGAACGUGCGCUGCAACUGCAUCAUCGAUCAGAUAUUCACGGGCGGGCUGCAGAGCGAUGUCGUCUGCACGUCUUGCUCCGGAGUCUCCACCACCAUCGACCCGUUCUGGGAUAUCAGCCUCGACGUGGCCGGCCCGGGGUCCCUUCAAGCCUGCUUAGAACGUUUCACUCGCGCUGAGCAUCUCGGCUCUGCUGCCAAGAUCAAGUGUUCAAACUGCCGCGCGUACCGCGAAUCCACAAAACAACUGACGCUCGAAACACUGCCCAUAGUAGCCAGUUUCCACCUAAAACGCUUCGAGCAUUCGUCGCAAAUCGACAGGAAGAUAUCCGCAUUCGUUUCGUUCCCCGCCGAGUUGGAUAUGACCCCGUUCAUGUCGACGCACCGUCGCGCGGUCGAUGUGGGCGCGGCCGAUAACAACAACGCGCCGGAAGGAAUAUUCGAGGACAACCGCUACUCUCUGUUCGCGGUGGUCAACCACCUGGGUUCUUUGGACGCGGGCCACUACACGGCCUAUGUACGCCAGAUGAAGGGCAGCUGGUUCAAGUGUGACGACCACAUGAUCACCCGCGCGUCUCUGCGCGAGGUUUUAGAUAGUGAAGGGUACCUGCUCUUCUACCACAAGACUGUUCUGGAGUAUGAGUGUGAAGUCUCAUAGAUUUUAUGGGGACAGGCUAGUUCAUACGAAAGUUAUCUGCAAAAGAUAUUAUAAUAUCUUUGAAACUGACGUUCGCAUCACAUUAGUCAGAUUUGGGUUUGCUUUUAGUUAGGAAUAAAUACUUUCAGUGUGGUAAGUCAUGUCCCCUACGUGAUAUUAGCGCUUAGAUUCGAAAGAAGUCUACUGUCAUCUUAAAUUGUAUCUUUAUGGGGUAUACUCACCGGGAGCAUUCCCUUUACAAUAAUUCGAUGUGCGAGCGUUUGUUAGGCACCUAAGAAAUUGUGUAAUUAACCAAUAAUUGCAAGGCACUAAACUUCUCAAUAUCUUCUACCUCAUUUCAGCCCUGUAAAAGUUUCUUCAUGGUUUCUAUUGCUAUACAACAUUGCGUUCUGAAUAGAUCUUGUGUAGAUUGUGUUUAACACCCCAUUUCCUAGCCUGAACUGUAUCUAAACUGUGGCUAAAUUCACAUUCAUUAAACUGAUUGGUCAACAAAAUGAUUCGCAGAACUUUGCAAAGCGAAUGCUCCCAGUGAAUAUGCUCUUUUUGUGGAAUCAUUCACGAAUUUGUUAGUCUUAAGCUUUAAUGUAAUCUUAUCGUAAAAUAUAUUAUCCAUAGCGAUGGUUUACACAACAAUUAUAUUGACGGUUUAUUAUGAAUUGCAAAAAUUUACACACGUUCUAGUUUUUUUUGACACUAAGGCUGGGUUGCACCAUCUUACUUUAACUUUGACAAACAUCAAAAAAUUGUCAAACUCCAUACAAAAUACAGCGGUUAUCGUUAUUGACGGUCAAAGUAAGAUGGUGCAACCCAGCCUGAGUGUUGCUUUUUUGAGCUACAGAGAGCAAAGAAUUCUUACACUGUAAAUUCAUUAAUUUAUUUCAUUGAAAUACAGGGCAAGUAUCUUAACCGUUGCAGCUAGCUACAAGAAAGAAAUAUUAAUGACUUAAGAUUCUGUCUGCAGUAUACCAAGAUUUUUCUAAAAAAAAUAAUCCUAUAGUUGCAACGGUCAAAGUAAAUGUGUUUAUUACCCCAUCUCAAAAAUCCACCCUGUAUUAAUGUAUAGAGUGGCUGCUUAAAGCUAAAACAUACAAAUGUUUUGCUUUAUGAUGAUUUAUUAUACCAGUAUGUAAAAUCAAAUUGUAAUAUAAAUAUUAAGUAAUGCAUAUUAUGAUUAUGAAUUAUGUAAAAAGGUCAAAAUCGUCUCAUUCCUAUUUAAAAGAGAUAUUUUUUGUUUAUUUCAUUUUAUUGUCUACAGAACAAAAUAUGUUUCAAUCUACCUCGUUUUCUCGUUCGCAUUUCACGAGGAUCUUGUAAACUGUAAAUAAGUGUAAUCGAAACACCACACUAUAAUGUGGGAUUAAUUAUUAUUAUUUACAAGAACCAUUCAUUUCGUAAAGAUAACUCUAAAUUAUUUCUUCUUUAACUAAAUAAUAACUCUUGUUCAUGUCAAGUACAUAAAUGCAACAGAUUUACAAUUUCCUAUCACUAUCCUUUUGUUACAGAGCGUCUUGUUUUUUGCUAGAGUGAAGCCAACUUAGCAUAGUCCUUUUUUCUAACUUGAUCCAUCUAUCUAUUGUAGGAUAUCAAUGCUAACAUUUAUUCUAAAAUCUUAAUAUUGUAGAUUAUAUUAUAAUGUAAUAUAAUCUAUCCCUGAAAAAGACAAGUAAAUCAAUCGAUGUUGCAUUUUUACUGGCGAGGGUAAUACAAACGUUUUGCAUAAAAAUAGUCUAAAAUUAACACUUCUUAAAAAUACCUAUUCAACUUCAAUAUACCAUACUGAAUUAACCAUACUCCAGAGUUAUCUUACCUCAUGCAUUUGACUUUACUGAUGUAAACGUAUUUAGUUAUUUUCGCUGAUGUAUUUGGCAUAGUGGGAAUAAAGUAGUUGGUAAUCUUUGACUGAACUGACAUUAGCUUAAUGUGAUAUUUAAUAUUUAUGACUUGUAUUAAACGUAGUUAGUUGUAUGGUUUUACAUUUCUCAUGUAGUAGAAUAAUUUUUGUUUUAAUGAUAUUGCUUGAUGCAGCGACGCGGCGCAAAUGGUUCAGAUUGUGUUUUAAUUGGAACAAUGGGUUUUUAUUUUACCAUUAUUUAUUUAGCCUGUGAGGUUCAUGUAAAUCAACUUCAUUUUUAACAUUUGAAUCCUUGGAAUAUUUUAAAAUACUAGUCACAAAUUUAUAAACAAUGUUUGGAACAUAUUUUAAGGAUUGCAAUUGAGACCAUUUGUUUGUCCGUGCCAACAAUUAAACAAUUUGAUUUGCAUUUAAUAAUUUAGUGACGAAGAUCCGAGCCUAAUCAAGUUUCGUAAAUAUUAUAAUAAAAAUAGUUAAAAUGUGAUAAAAACAAAAAACA